AUGGAGGCAAGAAGUUACAUGAAGCUAACCUUGGGGUCAAUUAUACUCCAUCUGAUUAUACAAAGAAUUCAAAUGCAUUUAUGCUUGUGUAUACGUGAAAGUGAGAAGGCUAAAAUACUCUGUAAGGUGGAUGAGACGGAUAUGGCAGAGCACCUUAGAAUAAGAUUGAAGAAAGAAGAGGCACAUCUGUAUACAAACAUAAAGGUUGCUUGUGAUGGGGAUCUUCAUAAACAGAUUGGGAAACAUAUAUAUUUUGAUCUAGUGGAUCUUGAUAAAGUUCGUAUGCAAAAUCAGCCCUCUUUUGCUCUAUUCCAGGAGGAAGUUGCUAAGGAAUUGGGUGUACCAGUGCAAUAUCAGCGAUUUUGGCGGUGGGAAAAACGCUCUAAUCAAUCUUAUCGCACUGUGUUGAUUAGUUAA